AUGGCACCAUAUCUAUCAACGACGGAAAGCUGUGUCAGCGACACAACUCCCGGACUAGGCGAACUUGUCAACAAGCAGAACAAAAUUACUGCGAAACGUAUCGUAGCCACCACCGAUGAGCCACAUGGAGCAAUUCUCAGCCGAGCAGGCGAGGUUGGUGACCUCAUCGAUGCCGUAAAGGACCUCAUCGUGCCGUUCAUCCGGGAUGCAGACGAGGCCACACCCAGCAGGGUGCGUGGGACCCCCUGCGAACCUGGGAAGAAUGUGCUGGUCGAGGCUCUUCAGCCGGAGGAGCUGAUGAGACGCAUGGACGUCACCAUGCCCGACGUGCAGAACGAUGGCCGCACGGGCAUCCUCGACCUCAUCCAGCUCGUCUUGAAGUACAGCGUGAACACGUGGGACCAGGGCUUCCUGGACAAGCUGUGCGCAAGCACCGACGCGGUCGGCGUCGCCUCUGAGCUGGUCCUUGCCGCCCUCAACACAAAUGCCCACGUCUACCGUGUCUCCCCCGCCCUGACAAUCAUUGAGAAGGUGACCGCCAAGUCUCUCGCCAGCCUUUUUGGGCUAGUUGGGCCCCAUGCUGGUGGCAUCACCUGCCAAGGUGGAAGCGCUUCCAACAUGACCUCACUGGUCACUGCCAGGGGGGCACUCUACCCUGACACCAAGCGAGUGGGCAAUGGCAAUCACCGAUUCGUCGUCUUUGCCAACGAACAUGGGCACUACUCGAUCGAGAAGGCGGCCAUGGCAUGCGGCUUUGGCUUAGGCAGUGUCGUCCCGGUGCCAGCAGAUAAGCAAGGCCGCAUGGACCCAGUCGCUCUCGCCCGCCUGGUCGUCGAGGCCAAGCAGAGUGGCAGGACGCCGCUCUACGUCAGCGCGACGGCGGGGACUACUGUCCUGGGUGCCUACGAUCCUCUCCGCGCCGUGUCUGCUGUCUGCAAGGAGCAUGGUAUGUGGAUGCAUGUGGAUGCGUCGUGGGGAGGCGCCGCCGUCUUCUCCGCCAAGCACAGGCACAAGCUCGACGGCACCGAGCUGGCUGACUCGUUGACCUUCAACCCGCACAAGAUGCUGCACGUCCCUGCUGCCUGCUCGUUCCUGCUCACCAGGGACACCAGGGUCUUCCAACGUGCCAACACCUUGCCUGCGGAUUACCUGUUCCAUGACAAAGCCGCUACCGGCGAGGAGGCUGAGACGUGGGAUAUGGCCGACUUUACGCUACAGUGUGGUCGUCGCGCGGAUAGUCUCAAGAUGGCACUGUCGUGGACAUAUUAUGGCACGAAAGGCUUCGAGGCUGCGGUCGAUCGGUCCUUUGCCACGGCCGCCUACUUUGCUAGUCUCGUGGACAAACACCCUGACUUCAAGCUCGCUUCCCACCUUCCACUGCCAUCGCUGCAAGUCUGCUUCUAUUAUACACCAGGCGGACAACUUGGAGACGACUUGGAGAACACGAGAAGAACCCGGUUGAUGAUCUCGAAACUCCUGCAUAGGGGUUUCAUGGUCGACCGUGCACCUGGUCCUUCAGGUAGCUUCUUCCGCAUUGCCUUCAACCUUCAGACCUUGCAAAGCACAGUUGAGGGUCUGCUUGUAGCUCUUGCAGAGGUCGGAAAGGAGGUCGUUUCAUCUUGA